GCCCUCACCCCGCCCUAAUUUCUUCCAACACUAAUAGGCAAACGAGUAUAAAUAAGGACCUAGGACAAGCUGAAAAAUGCAUCAGUGUUUUCACAUCUUCUGGACGCUAGCAAACACUAUAGCAAUCUCCUCUCUAGCCAACAUGAAAUUCGUCAUCAUCGCUGCGUUGGUAGCCGUCGCCCUGGCCUCUGAUCGCCCUUACUACCCCAAACCGGCUUACUACCCCAAACCAGCCUACCCUUCACCAGCUUAUCCCGCAGCCGAUGGAUACGACUACGCUCCGAUGCCGUACAGCUUCGAUUGGGCCGUACUGGAUCAGGCAAGUUACAACGAUUUCGGACACAAGGAGACAAGCGAUGGCAACGUCGUGACUGGGACUUACUACGUCGUGCUCCCGGACGGCAGACGACAAGUGGUCACGUACAAAGCUGAUGAUUACGGUUACGUUGCUGACGUCAAGUACGAAGGAGAGGCCACAUAUCCUGAAUAUAAACCAUCUUAUCCAGCCUACCCCAAGCCCGCGUAUGCCCCUCCAGCCUACCCCAAGCCCGCUUAUCCUACUCCAGCCUACCCCAAGCCAACUUACGCACCACCGGCAUACCCCAAAGCUUCUUACCCUGAGCCAUCCUACCCGAGUUACCCUAGACCUUCUUACCCAGCUUAUCCUCGCCCAGCGUACCCUAGCUACCCUCGUCCGUCGUACCCAUCGUAUCCUAAGCCAAGCUACCCCGUUUCGACUACCACGGAGGUAGUAACUGAAACUGCCGCUCCUGUCGUUAAGGAAGCUGAGGUAGCAGUCGAAGCUGUUGCUGUUACUGAACCGGUCAGCGAAACCGCUGUCGCUGCUGCGGAACCUAUUGCCGAACCAGAGACUUCAACGGAUGCUGUUUAAAUCAUCCCAAUCGAAUGAUAUGAGAAAAUUUAGUGCCUGUCCAGUGUGUCCACAUUAUACCUAUAAUUUAUAUAAAGCUGAUUUGAUUAUCUUUACUCAAAUAAAAGCUACUUUAAUCAAA